AUGGCAGCCAUAAAGCCAGAAGAGUCAGAUCAUUCCAUUUGGCAAGGCUAUGCUCUCCAACCACCUCAUACCUCUUCUCAUCAGACAACCUUUGAGUCGAAUUUCCCGUCCGGUCCUUUGGCAUUGCCAUAUCAUGCAAGACAGAAGGGCGGAUAUCGAUCAAUGGAUAUCUCUUCAACCAACACAAGACCUCCCCUCAGGGAUGAGCAUGGGGUCUUGACUGCAUCACCAUCACCAUUAAACUCUCAUCAUAGCUACCCUUCUCUCAAAAGACCAUUUCAUUCUACGGAUGAUUCACCAUAUGGCGAAGUAGUGCAGGAUUUUCGAGAAGAUUUAUCAGAGCAUCCCAAACCAAACAUUAGUCAAGACCAUAGACUACUUUCUUUCAGCAAACGGCCACCAAAGCAUACUAUCGUAGAUCAACACGGAAGAAUCCAGCAACUAGAUCUCUCAGCGCAAAUUCACGGAAUGUUCUUUUUGUCGGAGAUGACAACCCCCACGGGCGAGGGACUGAUUGUUCAGCCGGAGUUGACCUGUUACCGGAGGAACCUAUUCCAAAUUUCCGGAUCUGUCACCAUACCCCGAAGCGCCUUGUCGGUAAUUACAGAGCGCGGAGAACGUAUUCCAAUUCUAUCCUUGGAAGUAACCAUUAGUGCCACAGAAUCAGUCGAUGGCCAUUCUGUGAAACUAAUUGUGAUCCCUUUGAAGACUCCUCCACCCAAUUCACCGGAAGUAACUCCUGGCCAGGAGCAGGAGCCCUCGACUAUUCCACUACUUCCGUUUGACGACGGAGCUCCUGAUAGGAACAAUGAGUUCGCUGUUUACCCAAUAGCUUACCGAAGACUUCAAUUCAGGAUCGCAACCGCGAACAAUGGUCGAAGACGAGAGCUUCAACAGCACUUUACCUUGCAUUUGAAUGUUGUAGUAACCUUAGGAAACAAUACAAAGAUCAAUGUUUGCGAGACAGCGACAGCGCCGAUUGUGGUCCGAGGUCGAAGUCCAAGAAACUUCCAGGCAAGGAAGGAAAUUGCACUUGUCGGAUCAUCAGCUUCUCGAGGUCAGGCACCAGAAAUGCAAGUCACAAGUAGCAGCACACCGGGCAUUAUCAUCAUGAAACCAAAAUUGUCGAAACCGCAGACACUUGAAUUACCUCGUUCGCCGUUCAACUUCGAUGCAAACAAUCUUCCCAUAUCCCCACAUCUAAUGAGACAACAAACUUUACCAUCAUGGUUUGCUCCGCCAAAUUCAUCAGAGCAUACCCCAGCACCAUCAACUCCGAACUAUCAAGGACCCCCGCCGUCAUUGUCAAUGGAUAACUAUCUUCAAGGGCAUCAUCCCAGUUCAGAGAAUCCUCGAACUCACUCUCCGACUUCUACAAUGCCAGCACCUGCACCUCCAGUACGUUCAUACACGUAUCAAAAUACGACUUCACCCAGUGGUACUCCCAUUCGAUUCAUAGACAGCAAUCCGCGGCCCGCGAAAUCACCUCGCCAUCAAGCACCUCCCGAAUCGAAUUCAUCUUUUUCUUCCGAUUUCACAGCCCGGUUCACCGCUGCACAACCAAGAGAAUACUUUCCAACAUCUAUGUCUAUGCAACCAUGGACUACUAGUCAGGAUACUGCAUCUACAUAUGGAACGACAUUGCCCGCGGUUACUAGCUCCCAUUACGAGUACUCGGGAGAUCAACAUUAUGUGAAAGAAGAAGGCCAUUCCCAUCCACAGGCGCAACAUCAACAGCCCAGUCAGCAGCAUUACACUUGGAGCGCCGCAUAG